UUUGACCUCAUUGCAGGGAUCUUUGCCUACCUCAAUUACUGUGUGCCUCGCACCAGAAAGGAAAUAUUUGAGACAUUGGUGAAGGGACUGCAGAGGUUGGAGUACAGAGGCUACGAUUCAGCAGGCAUCGCUGUGGAUGGUGACAAAAACACGACGACAGAUGGCGUCAACAACAACAACAUCGUUCUCAUUAAGAAGAAAGGCAAAGUCAAGGCCCUGGAUGAAGAGCUCUACAAGAAAGACUGCAUGGAUCUGGAGGUGGAGUUGGACACACACUUUGGCAUGGCUCACACACGCUGGGCCACACACGGAGAACCCAGCGCCCUCAACAGCCAUCCCCACCGCUCCGACAAGAACAAUGAGUUUGUUGUCGUCCACAAUGGCAUCAUUACCAACUACAAAGAGUUAAAGAAGUACCUGAACUCCAAGGGCUAUGAGUUUGAGUCAGAGACGGAUACAGAGGUCAUCCCUAAACUGAUCAAAUACAUUUACGACAACCGAGAGAGAGAAGACCUGUCCUUCUCUACCCUGGUGGAGAGGGUCAUUCAACAGCUGGAGGGGGCCUUCGCUCUGAUGUUUAAAAGCAGUUAUUUCCCCGGAGAGGCGGUAGCCACCAGGAGAGGAAGUCCUCUGCUCAUUGGUGUGCGGAGCAAGUAUGAGCUGUCUGCAGAGCACAUUCCAAUCCAGUACAACACUGCUAUGUUCAAAGAGGGGAUCCAGGAAAAGAACAGCCAUAACCGGCCAGAUAUCUCCAAUGCUGUGAAUUCCGCUGAAGACGGCAAGGCUGUGGAGUACUACUUUGCUUCUGACGCUAGUGCCAUCAUAGAGCACACCAACAAGGUGAUCUACCUGGAGGAUGAUGAUAUAGCAGCGGUUGUAGGGGGGAAGCUGUCCCUCCAUAGGCUGAACCGCCAGGCAGGGGAGGUUCCUGUCCGGGCCAUCCAGACCCUCCAGAUGAAAUUGCAGGAGAUCAUGAAAGGUAACUUUGAGGCGUUCAUGCAAAAGGAGAUCUUUGAACAGCCAGAGUCCGUGUUCAACACCAUGAGGGGGCGGAUCUGCUUCGACACCAACAAAGUGAUCCUGGGGGGAUUGAAGGACCACCUGAAGGAGAUCAAACGCUGCAGACGCCUCAUCAUGAUUGGCUGUGGAACCAGCUUCCAUGCUGCCGUGGCUACCAGACAAGUUCUGGAGGAGCUGACAGAGCUUCCUGUCAUGGUGGAGCUGGCUAGCGACUUCCUAGAUCGCAACACGCCCGUCUUCAGAGACGACGUCUGCUUCUACAUCAGCCAAUCAGGUGAGACGGCAGACACCCUGAUGGCUCUGAGGUACUGUAAGGAUAGAGGUGCUCUGACGGUGGGGGUCACCAACACAGUGGGCUCCUCCAUCUCCAGAGACACAGACUGCGGGGUGCACAUCAAUGCUGGGCCAGAGAUAGGGGUUGCCAGCACCAAGGCCUACACCAGCCAGUUUGUGGCUCUCAUCAUGUUUGGUCUGAUGAUGAGUGAGGACAGGAUCUCCCUGCAGACAAGGAGGCUGGAGAUCAUCAAUGGACUCAGGAUACUCCCAGAGUUGAUCAAGAAGGUGUUGUCUCUGGAUAAGAACAUCAAGUCCAUAGCAGAUGAGCUAUAUGAACAGAGGUCUUUGCUGGUCAUGGGCCGAGGCUUCAACUAUGCUACCUGUCUAGAGGGGGCACUGAAAAUCAAGGAAAUCACCUACAUGCAUUCAGAGGGCAUCCUGGCUGGGGAGCUGAAGCACGGUCCUCUGGCUCUGAUUGACAAGCACAUGCCGGUCAUCAUGAUCAUCAUGAGAGACGCCUGCUACACCAAGUGUCAGAACGCACUGCAGCAAGUCACAGCCAGAUCGGGGCGGCCGAUUAUCCUGUGUUGCCAGGAUGACCCAGAGGUGUCUAAGAAUGCGUAUAAGACCAUUGAGCUGCCUCAGACAGUGGACUGUCUCCAGGGCAUCCUCAGUGUCAUCCCUCUGCAACUCUUGUCCUUUCACCUGGCCGUGCUGCGAGGAUACGACGUGGACUGUCCCAGGAACCUGGCCAAGUCUGUCACAGUGGAGUAGAACCAGACAGACAGGCAGAAGGCAGUAGAGGCCACAUCACUGCUCUGCUGAGGAGAGAGACAGAGGAGGCGAAGCCAUCAAAGUGCAAUUAUGUGUGUAGAAGGUGUUUGUGUGUGUUUUUGGUUUGACCAUCCUUGUGGGGGCUAGAAGUAAAACAAGGAUAGUUAAUAGUAAAACAAGGCAAAUUGGGAUAAGGGGGGACAUUUUGCCGAUCAACACAAGGAAAAAGGCUAUUUUAGGCUUAGGGGUUAGGUUUAGGUUUAAGAGGGUUUAUUUUUAUAUUGGUAUCAAACCUUGGGUUGCACGGGCCUAUUGCAACUUUCUACCCUGUUUCUGUGUUGCACCUUUUACCGGUCUGGAGAAAGUGGGAGGACAUGAGAUAUAAUUUUGAAUGGAAAUCAAUUUUAUGGUACCCACAAGGAUAUUAAAACGUGCGUGCGUGCAUGCAUGUGUGUGAAUAGAGGGACGUGACAUUUUUAAAGCAUAGAAAUCCUAUUGACACACAAGUCCUAUUGACACACUGUUGAGGCGGUGCCAUUGACCUUUUGGGCCUUGUAGAGAGAGAGAGCAAAUCUCACACAACUUUGACCAUCUGUCAAAUCAGCAUUAUCUCCAAUAAUGCCUCCAAAGCAAGAUCCUUUCACUAUACAGUACUGUGCACACUGUGACUUAUACCAAAUGUGUGCCUUGUCCACAAACAGUUGAGCCAAAAAUACAUAUUGUAGGAGUAAUGCAUUUAGUUGGUGUAUUGAAGUGCUUACAAUUGUGCAAUAUGGGAGGCAUUGUGAAUGUUUUCGAUAAUCGUUGUUAAAUGGGUUCUCUGUCCCGUGGGAGUUUAUUAGCUUUGCAUCUUGGGGAGUGUAGGCUAUUCUAUAGCAUUCUGUUAUCCUGCGGAGCCAAUAGCUAGCAUAUUGUAGGGAACUAUUCUGAAAAGCUCUAUGUAGGCUAUUGGGACAUAACACUUGUGAUGUAGGGCCUACACACAUUGCUUUGGUGUACUGUACACAAAAAUGCAUUCCUUGUGGUCCCAUAAUCAAGGGGCACUUUAUUUAUCACUCCUUUGUCAGAGUGAAUCUAAUAUGAUUUUACUCAUGAGGGGAUUACUGUUCAUCAUCUACACUCCAAUCUGUUGAAAAGGGCCGGAUGACACUGCUACAGGCUUGUGAGAUACUAUAAGAAUUAUACUUCCUUUCAUUUACUACCCUUUCAUGAAUCAUUAUUCUCUGUUUAGUCAUUGUAUGGCGUUCAUCAUUGCAAUCAUAUUAUGUUCUCUGUCAUGCAGCGCUGUGAGAGACAUCUCUGUCCUAUUCUAUGAAGACUGUUUGGGGGUCCAUUGGCUUAUUUAUGUAUGAAGACCAAUUGGUUGCACUUACUUUUAUAGUGGAUUUAAUCUCCCAGAGUGUUAUCCACAAUGGCAAUAUUGACAUGCCCUAACUCUUGUUCUCGAAAAUGUGAGGCACUUCCCUUGACAUCUCAAUAUAAGACUGAUAUGCAUAAAGUGAUAUGAAUUGUAGUUUUGUACUGUAUAGGGUAAAACAUGUUAUAUUGAGAUGUACUGUAGUUAAUGUAUUUAUCUGUUUUUUAUGGGGGUUAAAGAAAGUUGGGCUGGUUUAUCACAAACUAUGAUUGUAUUUUAUAAUAUACACUAAUCAAAUCAAA